GAUCAAGUUUAUCGCGUUUCUUUGCUUUCCACUCAUCAGCGACCAACCCACGGACAAUGACUAGCAGCAGUGCAACCGCCACCUCCGCAGCGCAGGUCAUCAAUACCAACGCACAGUUCAAGGGAAAUGUCGAUUCUUACGAGCUGCCAUGGGUUGAGAAGUACCGGCCGCAACUACUCAAGGCUAUCGUGGGCAAUGAGGAGACUGUCGAACGUCUUCAAUUGAUCGCCAACAAAGGAAACAUGCCACAUAUGAUCAUCUCAGGUUCACCGGGUAUCGGAAAGACUACAAGCGUGCUGUGCCUGGCUCACGAAUUACUUGGCCCUGCAUUCAAAGAAGGCGUUUUGGAACUGAAUGCCUCGGACGAUCGUGGAAUCGAUGUUGUUCGAAACAAGAUCAAGACUUUUGCACAAAAAAAGGUCACCCUCCCACCCGGAAGACACAAGAUCAUCAUUCUGGACGAAGCUGAUAGUAUGACCGCAGGAGCACAACAGGCACUUCGCCGCACGAUGGAGAUUUACUCGAACACAACACGAUUCGCCCUGGCAUGCAACCAAUCUAGCAAAAUCAUUGAACCCAUUCAGAGCCGAUGCGCGAUGCUUCGAUACACGAAGCUGACGGAUAGGCAAGUUCUACAGCGUCUGCGGGAAGUCUGUGAGGCAGAGAAUGUGAAAUACAGCGCAGAGGGACUUGAGGCGCUUAUUUUCACUGCCGAAGGCGAUAUGCGUCAGGCGAUCAACAACCUACAGUCAACUUGGUCAGGAUUUGGAUACGUAAAUGAUGAGAACGUCUUCAAGGUCUGUGAUCAACCUCACCCAGUCGUAGUGAACGCCAUUAUUGCAAGUUGUCUCCAGGUAAACGUGGACAAUGCGCUCCAAGGGAUUCAUCAACUCUGGCGACAAGGAUACAGUGCAGUGGACAUUAUCACGACCCUAUUCAGGGUCGUUAAGUUUUACGACGGUAUGCCAGAAUAUAUGAAGCUGGACUAUAUCAAGGAAAUUGGAUUGACACAUAUGAAGAUCCUAGAAGGAGUUACGUCGUUGGUGCAACUCGGUGGAUUGAUCUCAAGACUCUGUAAACUGUCCAUGGACUCCUCCAGUUUCUCCAUUUGAUGCUGGUAUACAGGACCAGGCUCGCGGAAUAAAAAAAGAAAGCCAACAAUUAUGAAC